AUGACAGUGGUCAGCCCGAAUUUCUCUUUGGUGUCCAUCACCGCGCCAAGCAUCGCCAUCACCUCCACCGUCAAAUUCAAACCCGAAGCAAUACUGUCCGGUAGCUGCUCUCGCUUCAAGCAAUUAUCGCAACCUUCACAACCACCCUGUACAUUUGGAACUGAGAAACUCUCACCGAGAACCGCAAGAAGUGUCUUUCUCCUGCACUCACGUUCAUUCAGCAGAUACCGCUUGACAUCGUUGAGCUUAUCGAUAGCCGACUUCAGUUGUUCAUCUUGUUUCGCCACUUCCGGGGUCUUGGACAGACAUGUCCUAUAUUGA